AUGGCAGAUGAACAAUAUAAAUUUUACUUUAAUAAACAGACUUUUCUGAGUGAAAAAUUCCCCCCAAUUGAAUUUACAAAGAUAUUGUUUAAAAAAGUUGAUAUAAGUAUGGUAGAAUCUAUAAUAAAAAACACUUCUAUAGAUCACGUUGAUGUUGAAAUCUUUUUAAAUAAAAUGAAUCCAGAUGUCAUUGUUGAAUAUAACAAGUUAAUAAAAGAACAUAUGUUAGAUAAUGAGAAAAUUAAUUAUUGUAAUGCUUUGAAUUAUUACUUAAAUUUUAUGACUGAAAUAGUUAAUGCAUUAAAGAUAAGUAAAGAUAUUAUAAGUAGUAUUAUAAAUUUUAAUGUAGAAGGUGCUUGGAUAAAAUAUUAUUGUGAUACAUGUUAUUGCAAAAGAAGAAAAAAUGUCUAUUCAACUCAUGUAAAUUGUUUGAUAACAAAACUACGAGAUAAUAUUUAUGUAAAUCAUGAUUUAGAAAAUAUUAAAGUAAAAGAACAAGAAGGAUAUUGGAGUAAAAUUUUUCAGGAAUCACAUAAUUGUAAAAUUCAAGAACUGUUGCUUCAGAUCCUUUUGUUGAUAAAUCGCGGAACCUUACUAAAGAAGUCACCUCAGUUGUGCAUGCAAAAUCACCAGGUAGGAGUUUUUCAAAUGAAUAUUAAUGCAUAA